AUGAUGCUUGUUUCUAACCUACCAUUUCAAUGGUUGCACAUUGAAAACCGAUGAACACCGCAACAUAAUGUUUACUUACUGUUGGUUCGUGUAUCAGUACCUUAUUAUGUUAUGUAAGCACGCACUUCUGCAUGCACUUCAGAUGGAUUUUGACAGUAAGUUGUCCUUGUCAUAUUUUUUAUGGAGUGAAAAGGAGAGCUGUGGUCAAGUUUUUAAAUAGCAAUAAAGAGUAGCUACGUGUAGUGCCGGCAUAAAAUGGACAAAGUAAAGUUUACAGACAGGGCUGUAUGCUCUCAGAAUUUUUUGCCCGUCCCAACAGUGGCAAAUUAACCAAAAAAAAAGUAGUGUCAUUAAAGUUUGCUAGUGUAGUCUAUGGUUCGGUUCGUUUGAAAAAUAAUAUUUGAAACUUUAACCGUUCCUUCGUAGAAGUCUACGCGGAACAAGUCUUUAUUUCUCAGUUUAAAUGUUAUUAUUAUUGUUAAUAUUGGUGCUAUAGUAUUAAUUAGCUAUAAUGCUUGAUCGAUAUUCUGACAAUGACCAGUCCAAAAGGGAUAUACCAUCCUUCAUAGAACCUAGGCCGCCGCUGAUAUCUAAUCCCUUCAUGCGCCCUCGACCUCAAAAGGGCACAAAUUUACUAGAAUUAUUUGAAGAAGACUCGGAACUUGAAGAGCCGGAAUUAGUUCAAGUUUAUUUGCGACUGAAGCCUCAUCUAAGUGCCACUACCGACUUGUACGAAGUGAAAUCUGAUAGGUGCCUCAUUACUUCUGUGGACACUGCUACUGCUGGACAUGGCAGAAGAACACAACAUAAUGUAUCAAAAAUGUACACAUUUUCACACAUAUUUGACCAAAAUGCUUCACAAAAAGAGAUUUUUGAAAAAGUCGUCAAAGACAACUUGAAGAAGUUACCAGAUGGCCAUAGUUUCACACUGUUAACAUAUGGUGCCUCAGGAUCAGGAAAGACUUAUACUCUAAUGGGGACUGUAGCGUCCCCAGGACUUGUGCCUCGAUCUUUAGAGUGUGUCUUUCAAGUGGUUGAUGCUGCACAGCAACCAUUAUUCAAGCCAGCUGAUGGAGGUGCAGAGAAGCUGAAUUACGCUGAGCAAGACUAUGAAUUGAAAUGGGUGAAAAGAUUGAGGCAUGUCUCAGCACCACUUAGGGACAAGUAUCGCAGAAUGAGUGCAGGACUUUGCAAUGAUUUUACUGUCAGUUCAUUGGAUCUAUCAAAUAGAACCAGACAUUAUGUUUGGGUAUCGUUUGUAGAAAUAUACAAUGAGGGCAUUUAUGAUUUAUUAGCAGUAUCAGACAGAAGCAAUGCUUCCAAACUUCGCAUUCGAGAAGAUUCUAAUGGACAUGUGUAUGUGAAGGGUGCAAGUCAAGCAUUUGUAAGAUCCGGGUCUGAAGCAUACGACGUGAUGGCAGCAGGGAAGCAUCAGCUUCAAGUAGCUGCUACCGGAGUCCAUGCACAUUCAUCGCGAUCCCAUUGUAUAUUCACAAUCACCAUGUUGACAGAGACUGAUAGUGGAGUGCGUACAUCAUGCGUCCGGCUAUGCGACCUGGCGGGUUGUGAGCGGGCCCGGCACACUCGUAACACGGGGGCACGCAUGGCCGAAUCGAGAGCCAUCAACUCAUCGCUGCAUGUGUUGGAGAGAUGUCUGCAUACGCUGAGGAGACGACAGCGGAAUCGGCCCGGGGCUUGCGUGCCGUACAGGGAGUCGAAACUGACUCGUCUACUAGGCGCUGGGCUAUCAGGUGCCCGCGGUGAAUCCGUAGCAAUGGUUGUAACCCUGAACCCAGCCCCAGAGUAUGCGCACGAGACCAAGCACGUGCUGCAACUGGCCGCCGUAGCGAGAGACAUACAGGUGAACAGUACCAUAUCGGAAAGUACCCUCGAGAGCACCAGUACACAGGACACCACUGACGUCACUAUGGACUUGAUGCGACUGAGAUCAGUCAACGAACGGAUACACUUCGAACUAGUGCAGGCUCAAGCUCUCAACAAAGAACUGUUGGCAGCAAAAGAGGAGAAGCAGCAGGAAACAGCGAACAUGAUGCAGGAGCUGGUGGAAGAAGCUAAAGAUAUGACGCGACAGUACUACGAGGCCCAGAUUCAAUCGCUAAGGGCUGAGAUGAAAGAUAUGGCGGAAGAAUAUGAAAGCCGUUUGAGUAAAGCCACAUACGCGACAUCAAACAAUGGCACACCUUCGCGAUCUCUCGAAAAGAAGGUUGCGCAGUUGAUGACAGAAAUGGCCAUAUUAGAGGAGAAAUUGACAGCAGAACGUUUGGCUCGGGCCCGCGCUGAGGAAGAAGUACAACAUCUUAGAGCGUGUAUUGAAGAGAGAGAUGAAAAAGCUUUUGAAGAGGAGGCUUCGAAUGACCGCGAAGAUGUAAUAUCUCUUUGUGAUAGUGAUCGUGACAGCGAUGAAGAAGUAAACGAUCCUUGUAACGAAAGUCUUGAACCUACUUUCAAAAAGGAGGACAUUAACAGAUCUCGCCUUGUUACAACAUGCGUCGACAAUAACAGCUUACAUUACGAUUCCACCGAACACAGUUUUCAUGAUAACACCGAACAAACAAAAGAAAAUUUUGGAAGUAACAGUGUCUUACACAGUUCUCAUGUUACAUUCAAAGAUAAUGAUAAGUCUUCGGAAGAAAUUAACGAAAAAGAUAAUAGCACAAAAAAAAUGAAUCUUGAUAAUUUACGUCAGGAAAGUUAUGACAACAAUGAGACUGCUUCAACAGCAGAAGUAGAAGAAUAUUCUAGUAUUGCUAUUGACAAUGACGUAAAACUUACUGAGAAUGCAAAUGAUAGUACGAACAAAUGUGAUAAUUUGAAAAUCAAUACAGAUGUGUUUAUAAACGUCGCUAAUAAUAAAGAAAUUUUAAAUAGUCCUUGUUUUGAAAAGGAAUCUAUAGAAGCGCAUGCAGUUAAAGAGUUAGAAAAUGAUAAAGUCGUAUCUAAGUCUAUAGUUAGAGGCACAUAUUUUGUAAGUGAUGCGAACAUCAAUUCAGAACCUGAAACUUUCGAAGAGGACUUAUUAAAAAGAAUUCCCAUGAAAGUUGAGAAAAAUGAGAGUGUAGAUACGAUAUCAAUAAAGGUUUCAGAAACAAUAGUAACCAAAAUAAUUAAGUCCGUAGAAGCUACGCAUGUACGCAAUACUUCAUUGGCCCAGUUUGAACAAUUAGAAAAGGCUGCAAAUUAUUGUGACAAUACUAAAAUUGGAUGCAAUGACUUUGGAAAUGUUAAGAUUUUAAAGGAAAAGAGAACUUAUUUCGACGAUAAUCCAUUAGAUAUUGUAAAAAUGAAAAUAAUCAAAAGUCCAAAAGCGAAUAAAGACAAGAAGACAUACUUCGAUAACAUAGAUGAGAACACUGAAAUUUCUGUAAGUAAAAAAGCAAAGGAUACUUUAAGAGAUGUAAAUAAGCAACUAGAUGACCCCAGAUCACCUUCUAUUGUCAAAGACGAAGUUCUGAACGAUUAUAAACCCAGUACACUUAAGAUUUUAUUAGGAGAAAAUCUAACAAGACAACCUGACGUGAUUACGUCUGUACAUACAAAUAACCUAAUAUACAAAAAGCAUGAUUCUAUUGAUAUUUUCGAAGGUCUGGAUUCCCCUCAUUCGAAAGUUAAAAAUACUGAAUCACACGAUAUAGUUGAAAACGCGAUAAAAUCAAUCAAAAAGCUUGUUUCUGAACAGAAAUCUGCUAGCAAGGCAAAUAUUAAAAAUGACAUCAAUCUUCAGCAGCCGCUUAUACCGGAAGAGUCAAUACAGAAAUUUAACGAUAUUUGUUUAACAGACAGAACAGUUAAACAUGACCGAGCAAAAGUAACGACAAAAUCAUCAAAUGAAGGAGUUAUUUCUCUAAAUGAGACGAAAGCUGAAUCAAAUCAGGAUAACACAAUUGAAGAAUUUGAGAAUAUUUAUAAAGAUAUUACAGCUCCAAGAGCUACAGAAUUUGAUUUGCUCAUUACUCAAGAAACUUCUAUUGUAACAAACGAGGCGAAAGAGACCAAAACUUCCGUCGAAGAAACAAAAUAUAAAUUGAGAAAUAAAUCUCAUACUAAGGAUUUGAGAUUCGCAGAUAAGGUUAACACAGAUGAAACUGAGGAAGUGUUAUUGGAGAGCCAUGCUAAAUGUGAAAGCAACAUGAAACCUACUAAAAGAAGUCUACGCUUACGAAGAAGAAAGAAUCAAAUCGAAACAGAAGAUAAAUCGGAUCAAGAAAAAGACAUUAAGCUUAAGGACAUUGUGAAUUUGCAGAAAGAGUUCUCCGACGUUUGUCUCGAUGUUCCCGCGCCUGUGAAAGAAGUUAGAGAUAUAGAGUCGCCUAAAAAGACUGAUGGAGAAGAUGAAAACCUUCCGCCUUUGCUGGGAAUACAAAGCUGCCCUUCUAAGAGGAUAAGACGAGAGAGAGUACCUCGAGAUGACCCACAGUUUGAAGAAUUCAAGAAGUGGAGUAUGAUCGACUGGGAAUUUGAAUUGGAGCAAGAUAUAGUGCAAAGCUGGUGUGCCGAGUCCAAUGUUAAGUUCAAGAGAACACGUAACUAUUUAGACAGACCAUGCUGGCUAUAUGAUGAAGUAUGGAAAUUACGUGAAGCCAGAAUAAAAGCCCGUCGUACUUUGCAGAGGUGCAAACGCCGAAAAACACGCAAGGAGGGUGAAGAAGAAAUGCUAUAUGCAGCGUUUAGAGAAGCUGAUAAAGCAUCAAACGUGACCCGCAGCCGCCGUAAGUUGUUCACGCCGAGGGCCGAGCCACUGGACGAGGGCGAAGCGCCCGAAGACAGCGGCGAGAGGCUUUACGUGCCGCGACCUUCCUACCACAGAGCUAGGGCUCGACGCAAGCUGUGA